AUGCACUUGAAAGAGGAAUUCUUAGGUCACGAAAAUGAUUGGGUGACCGUAUACAACCAGGAAAUAAAGGCAUAUGGAAAAGAGUAUAGCGACGAUGAAUUGAACCACAUUUUCAAAGAGAUGCCUGGUGCCAUACAACUUCCAGUUAAUCAGAAAAGUCUGCCACACAGUAAAAAAAGAAAGAUGGUAACUACUAAGCAUGUCAUUGAUAAUGGGUGUGAUUACAAGGCCAGAGUUGGCGUUAGAAGACCUGAAGAACCUGAACUAGUUGCUCUGAUCAAUUAUAACUUAUAUGAUGAUCGUUAUGAUAAUCAUAAAAAAUAUGAAUGCAUCAUAGACACAGAUGAGGGAUGGAAUUUGAGACCUAUAGCAGGCUCAGGUUAUGGAGAUGGCGUAGCUGAAAUCCAUGCAAAUAAAAUAUUUGAAGUCCGUCUCAGCGAUAGACGUAAUUGGACAAAAUGGGUCCCAGCAAAGAUUACAGUCUGGGAUUAA